AUGGCUCAAUCCAUUGCUUCCCCCUCCUCCACUACCCUUUCCCCCAAGGACCCAUUGUUCUUCACGAAGGCAAUCGAUCAAAAAGGAUUUAGAAUAAACAACAAUAGCUCUAUUAAUGAACAACAGGCUUGGGCCAUGAAUUAUAAUCGCCGGCUCGCUUCUCGACAGCUCAAAUUGAGUCAGCGGCAUCAAGUCACUGCCAUUCAGGGCAUGAUUACUGAAUAUCAUGCUCAGCCUGUUGGAACCGAGGACCCUCAGCUCCUUCGCAACAUUGUCCAGGCCAAGCAGCUUCUUUCUGCUAUUUCGAUCCCUACUGGUGCCCAGGCUCUAGGGGCAGAGUUCCUCCAUGCCCAAGGAUGGUCAAAAGAAGCUGUUGCAAAGCAAGUGCAGUACCAGCUGCCUGAUCAAGCUGCCAUCGAACCUGCCACCCACUUGCGCACCAGAGCUCGCGCCAGAACUCGUGCCAGAGCUCGCUCAUCUACUCUCGCCCUUUCUUUCCGACCCAAAACACCAACUCUAACGUUGGAUCAAACACGAGCAUUGCUUCAAUUCGUCCAAUCAUCCCCCAGCACCCGUCGCAUGCCCAUCUCUCAGAUUCCUGCAGCCCUUGGGCUCGAUUGCUCUGAGCGUACCAUCACAGUUGCUCUGGAGAAAGCCGGCUACAAUUCUCAACUCGCCAUCAGUCGCCCUGAAAUUGACGAAAAGUCUCGUCAGCUUCGCCUAAACUUUGCACUCAAACACGUCAACUGGACUGUCGAAGAAUGGGCCAGCGUCCUCUUCUACGAUGAGAUGCGAGUACAUCUCACCGAACAGCCUCAAGAAGUCUUGGUCACUCGCAAGCUAGACGAGAUAGCCCACCCUGACUGUGUCAACAUCGAGCCCGUUUCUCCUGCUGAUUGCAAGAACACUAACGUUUACUUUGCUCACCUGUCAGGUCUUACUGGCGUUGGGCCGCUCCUUUCUUAUACUCGUCACAGUGAUGGCCCUCUUGGCCCUGAAAGCUGGUAUCGCACCAUCUUCCCCGGCUUCGCCAACUGGUACAAGAGUCAUCCCCUAGGCUCGCGGUUUGCAUUGUCGCCUGACUUGCCUGCCCACAGCCGUCUCACCAUUAAAGGUGCCAUUCAAGCUAGCCACAAGUUCAUUGUUUGCCUACCUUCGGCCUCUCCGGAUUUGAACCCUUUGACCGAGAUUUUCGGCACUAUCAAGGUCAACCUCAAAGCUGACAAGGCCAACUCGCUCUUCGGUGAUGUCGCUGAUUACAGGAUUGACGAUGUGGUGCGCGAUACGUGGGAGGGUAUUUCCAAGGAGCAUGUCAGCAAGCUCAUCGCGAGCAUGCCCAAGCGAUGCCAGGCAGUUAUUGACGCUGAUGGAUGGUACACACAUUUCUAA